AUGGCGCUGGUGCCGCGCAUCCGCGCCUUGACAGGAGCGCUGCGCCCUGUCGUUUCGCCGAUUCGGACGAGGCCUGUGCCUGUGGCCUCCUAUGCCACGUCCCCUAUACGCAUUGGCAACUUGACGCCGGCGCAGCCGAAGAAACAUAACAAGCGACUGGGUCGCGGCAGCGGCUCGGACCGCGGCGGCACGUCUACGCGUGGCCACAAGGGCCAAAAGGCUCGCGCUGGUAACGGCAAGCCCAAGCUCGGAUUCGAGGGUGGGCAGACGCCGCUGACGCGGCUCAUCCCCAAGCGUGGAUUCACGAACCCGCACAAGCAGCACUUUGCGCCGCUCAACCUGGACCGGCUGCAGUUCUGGAUUGACCAGGGACGCCUGGACCCGAGCAAGCCGAUCACGGCGCGUGAACUCUACGAGAGCCGCUGCAUCCACCGCCUGCGCGACGGUGUCAAGCUGCUGGGCGACGGCAGCGAGCACCUGCGCACGCCUGUCCAUGUGGUUGUCUCGCGUGCUUCCCACUCGGCCAUUGAGGCCAUCGAAAAGGCGGGCGGCUCGAUUGUCUGCCGCUACUACAAUGCACUGAGUCUGCGUGCGCUGGUGAAGCCGCACAAGUGGCUCGCGAAGAACGAGCCCCUGCCCCACUUUGCGGACCCUGUGAGCCACCGCGACCUCCUGUGGUACUCAUCGAUCAACAACCGCGGAUACCUUGCGCUGCGCGAUCGCCAGGCCCGCGCGAGCGCGCCCGAGGCCGAGGCGCCGCCGUCGUAG